AUGGCUAAGUUCAUCUGCAGUACCUGCCCUUAUCUCACCAACAUCAUUCGUACAUCAUGGGAGUAUACGCAGAGGUUGAUUCAGCAGGCCAGAGAAGCGUUUCACUCUGGUCGAACCCGGGAUGUUGAGUUCCGCAAAAAGCAGCUAAAGGCCCUCAAGCGUAUGUAUGAGGAGAAUGAAUCGGUGUUCUGCGCUGCCCUUGCCAAGGAUUUGCAUAAGCCAAAACAGGAAAGUGUGCUGCUUGAACUAAAUCUCCUAAAAGAUGACAUCACACAUAUCCUUGCCAGGCUUGAUGAGUGGGCUAAGCCAGAAAAGAUUGCAGCAAAUUUGGUGACCAUGUUUGACACUCCUGUGAUAUACCAUGAUCCCUAUGGUGUAGUGCUGAUUAUGGGAGCUUGGAAUUACCCACUUCAGCUUCCUCUUCUUCCUUUAUCAGGUGCCAUUGCUGCUGGAAAUUGUGUGAUUGUCAAGCCAUCUGAACUUUCACCUGCCACAGCUCAAGCCAUUGCUGAACUUCUUCCAAAAUAUUUGGAUAGUGAUUGUUACCAUGUGAUAUGUGGUGGUAUUCCUGAAACAGAAGAACUCCUCAAACAGAGAUUUGACUACAUCUUCUAUACUGGAUCACCCCAUGUUGGCAAGAUCGUCCGAGAUGCAGCUAAUAAAUACCUCACUCCAACAACUCUUGAGCUGGGUGGAAAGAGUCCUGUCUACAUUGAUGACACUGUCAACAUGGAUAUUGCAGUUCGUCGCAUUUUGUGGGGGAAAUGCAUCAAUCUUGGCCAAACCUGCAUUGCUCCUGACUAUAUCCUGUGUUCAAAGGAAGUUCAGGAUAAGUUUGUGAGCAAAGCAAAGGAGGUACUAAAGGAAUGGUAUACUGAAAACCCUCAAAAGUCUCCAGACUUGUGCAGGAUUGUUACAGAUAAACACGUCAAUCGUCUAGAAGAGUAUCUGAAGGAUGGGACAAUAGCUGUUGGUGGAGAAGUGAAUAAAGAAGACAAGUGGAUUUCUCCAACCAUCCUUGUGGAUGUUAACCCUGAGAGCAAAGUUAUGACUGAAGAGAUUUUUGGACCCAUCAUGCCUAUUGUGAAUGUUAGCUCAGCAUACGAGGCUAUCAACUUCAUCAACAAAAG